AUGAGUGUAUUUAAUAAUGAUAAUAAUAACGAUAAUCACAAUAAUCCAAAUAGUAGUAUAUCAGAUACUACUAAUAUAAGGAUAAAUACUACUAAUAACUUUAAAUUACUUAAACAUUCAAGAAAUCAAAGUUUUGCUGAUAUUAUUCGUAUUGCUUUAGAGAAACGUGAAGAAAUCUGUCAACAACAAAGUGAACUUGAAUUAUCCGAUCAAAUUCAUUUGGCGAGAUUAUCACAGAGGGGAAGAGCAGCAGCAGCACAGCAGUUCAAGCAACUUCUCGUCAACAGCGUCAGACGCAACAGCAACAGCAUCAAAAAGAUUCAAGAAGACGUUCAUAUAGUACAGAUAAUUUAA